UCGCCUGUAAAUUGUGGACGUAAUCAAAUCAGCUCUUGCAAAAUUUAUUUCAAAUAAAUAUAUAUAAACAUAUUUAGUGAAAAAUCCAGCGAUAAAAUCAUGGGUGAUUCGCUGGAGAACGCCGAUACAUCGGUGGAGGCGGUAGUAAAUGUAACCAUCGUCGAAUAUGGUGCAUUUGCCAAUUAUAUACGUAAAGCAGUGACCAUCUUACUGCCUGAAGAGGAUGUAGUGCCACCGGCAUUGAAUCUUGCUCUAGAGGAUCCCGAUAAUCAGGAACGCAUAAAAAAGUUUCUUUCGGAUCCGCAAGUGCAAGCUUUGUACAUUCAACGGAAUUGCUUAAAAGAAGAUGAAAAUGAGCAACCCGCUGAAGGAGAAGAGGAGAAAGAAUUCGUCAACUAUCAAAUAAGCAAUGACGUCCACUUCACCAACAGCCGUAUGGCUUCCUUGGCUUGUAUAAAACGCGGUGCUGUGAUUGAGGCUGACAAAUCAAUACACUCACAGUUGCGUUUGAUUAACUUCUCUGAUGGUUCACCCUAUGAGACAUUGCAUGCGUUUAUUUCAAAAUCUCUGGCACCCUACUUCAAGUCUUACGUCAAGGAAUCCGGACGUGCAGAUCGUGAUGGUGAUAAAAUGGCGCCAUCUGUUGAAAAGAAAUUGGCCGAAUUGGAGAUGGGACUGCUGCAUCUUCAACAAAACAUUGACAUACCAGAAAUUACAUUGACAGCGCAUACUUCGGUGAACGCAGUCAUACGAAAAUGUGCUGAUGAAAAUCGUAAAGCAAAAGUAGCAGACUUCGGUGAUAAAGUAGAGGAUUCAUCGUUCCUCAAUCAACUGCAGAAUGGUGUUAAUCGUUGGAUUAAAGAGAUCAAGAAAGUUACCAAAUUGGAUCGUGAUCCAUCGUCGGGCACAGCUCUGCAGGAAAUCUCUUUCUGGUUGAAUUUGGAGCGCGCUCUUUAUCGCAUUCAGGAAAAACGUGAAUCACCAGAAGUUGCACUCACACUGGACAUACUCAAACACGGCAAACGUUUCCAUGCCACGGUUUCCUUUGAUACUGAUACCGGUCUCAAGCAAGCCCUGGCUAUGGUUGCCGAUUACAAUCCCCUCAUGAAAGACUUUCCAAUUAAUGAUCUACUCUCUGCUACCGAGUUGGAGAAGAUACGCCCAGCUGUGCAGCAGAUAUUCUCGCAUUUGCGCAAAGUGCGUAAUACCAAGUAUCCAAUACAGCGUUGUCUCAAACUGAUUGAGGCUAUUUCGCGUGAUUUAUCACAACAACUACUAAAAGUGCUGGGCACACGUCGUCUCAUGCAUAUACCCUUUGAUGAAUUUGAGCGUGUUAUGAAUCAAUGCUUUGAAAUAUUCAGUUGUUGGGAUGAUGAAUAUGACAAACUUCAAGGUUUACUGCGUGACAUUGUCAAAAAGAAGCGCGAUGAACAUUUGAAAAUGGUUUGGCGCGUAUCGCCAGCACAUAAGAAACUGCAAACGCGCAUGGAACAUAUGCGCAAGUUCCGUCGUCAGCACGAACAACUGCGUACUGUUAUAUUGCGCGUUUUGCGCCCAACUAAGCAAGCGCAAAAUAAUGACGCUAAUGCUGUAGAAACCAAGCAACCGUAUAGCUUGGAAGCAGCCGAUGCUAAUGCUAUCGAGGAGGUGAACUUAGCAUACGAGAAUGUCAAAGAAGUAGACUGUUUGGAUAUAACGAAGGAGGGUUCGGAGGCUUGGGAUGCCGCUGUUAAGCGUUAUGAAGAGAAAAUUGAUCGCGUUGAAGCACGCAUAACUGCACAUUUGCGCGAUCAACUUGGCACUGCAAAGAAUGCCAAUGAAAUGUUUCGCAUUUUCUCGCGCUUCAAUGCGCUCUUCGUGCGCCCACACAUACGUGGCGCUAUACGCGAGUAUCAGACUCAACUCAUACAACGUGUGAAGGAUGAUAUCGAUGCUUUACAUGAAAAAUUCAAGGUACAAUAUCCACAAAGCAAAAGUUAUCGUCUCUCGACUGUACGUGAUUUGCCACCAGUUGCCGGCUCCAUCAUUUGGGCGCGUCAAAUUGAUAAUCAAUUGACUAUGUACUUGAAACGCGUUGAAGAUGUGUUGGGCAAAGGCUGGGAAACACAUUUGGAGGGUCAGAAGCUUAAAGCUGAUGGCGACAGCUUUCGCGCCAAGCUCUCCAUCUCCGAAGUAUUCCAGGAGUGGGCACGUAAAGUGCAAGAACGUAAUUUCGGUAAUUCCGGACGUAUCUUCACAAUUGAGUCGGCACGUUCGCGUACUGGGCGCAGCAAUGUUUUGAAGUUGCGUGUCAACUUUUUGCCCGAAAUCAUUACACUCUCGAAGGAAGUGCGUAAUAUUAAGAAUUUGGGCUUUAGGGUGCCACUUACGAUUGUCAACAAAGCUCAUCAGGCUAAUCAGAUCUAUCCAUAUGCAAUUUCAUUGAUUGAAAGCGUGCGCACAUACGAACGCACUUUAGAAAAGCUAAAUAAUAGGAGUUUAGCACAAAAUUCAGUAUUCAAGAUCGAAGAUCGCGCCAGUAUUGUGCCCCUCGUCGCUGGCUUGCGCAAAGAAGUGUUGAAUUUGAUUUCCGAAGGCAUUGGCUUGGUCUGGGAAUCCUAUAAGCUUGAUCCUUAUGUUCUACGUCUAUCCGACUGUGUCACACAGUUCCAGGAAAAGGUCGAGGAUUUGCUCGUGGUCGAAGAACAAUUGGACGUGGAUGUGCGUUCGCUGGAGACUUGCCCCUACAGCGCUGCCACUUUCACUGAAAUCUUAUCGAAAAUUCAACAUGCUGUCGAUGCUUUAUCACUCAAACAAUAUUCCAACCUAAACGUUUGGGUCACACGUCUCGAUGAGGAGGUUGAGAAGAAAUUAGCUAUGCGUCUACAAGCGGGCAUACAAGCCUGGACUGAAGCCUUGACUGGUGGCAAGAAAGAAAAGGAUCUCUCCAUGGACACUGAUGCCCCAGCACAGCCUACACACAAGUUGGGAGGUGAACCACAGAUUCAAAAUGCUAUACAUGAGAUUCGCAUUACCAAUCAGCAAAUGUAUUUGUAUCCAUCAAUCGAGGAGGCACGCUUCCAAAUUAUGCAACAACUUUUUGCUUGGCAAGCUAUAGUCACCUCGCAGGUGCGUUUACAAAGCACACGCUAUCAAGUUGGUUUGGACAAGUUUGCGCCACCCACUUAUCGCAAUUUGUUAACUAAAUUGCCUGACGCCUUGAUUUUGGAAAACGCAUAUGGCUCGAUUGAGAAUAAAAUUAGUGAAGUGCGUAAUUAUGUGGAGGAAUGGUUGCGUUAUCAGAGCCUUUGGGAUUUGCAAGCCGACACUUUGUAUGGUCGUUUGGGUGAAGAUGUCAAUUUGUGGAUUAAAUGUUUGAAUGAUAUAAAGAAAUCACGCACAACUUUCGAUACAUCCGAUACCCGACGCGCCUAUGGACCAAUCGUAAUUGAUUAUGCUAAGGUGCAGGCCAAGGUCACUUUGAAGUAUGAUUCUUGGCAUAAGGAAGCAUUGGGCAAAUUCGGUACUUUGCUUGGCAACGAAAUGACUACAUUCCAUUCGAAGGUGUCGAAAUCGCGUACUGAUUUGGAGAUGCAAAGUAUUGAGGCCGCCAGCACAUCCGAUGCCGUCAGCUUCAUUACUUACGUACAAUCACUGAAGAAAGACAUGAUCGCAUGGGACAAACAAGUCGAGGUAUUCCGUGAAGCGCAACGCAUACUCGAACGUCAGCGUUUCCAAUUCCCCAAUAAUUGGUUGCAUGUCGAUAACAUCGAGGGUGAAUGGUCUGCCUUCAAUGAAAUCAUUAAACGUAAAGACACAGCCAUACAAACUCAAGUGGCUAGCUUACAAGCUAAAAUUGUAGCCGAAGAUAAGGCCGUGGAGACGCGUACUAUUGACUUCUUGAACGACUGGGAGAAGAAUAAGCCAACUGGAGGCAAGAUACGACCCGAUGAUGCUUUGCAACAACUGCAGUUGUUUGAGACCAAGUAUUCACGUUUGAAGGAGGAGCGUGAUAACGUGGCCAAAGCCAAGGAGGCGCUCGAAUUGCAGGAGUCUGCUAUACCUAAUAACAGCUCGGAGCGUAUGAAUGUCGCUUUGGAAGAGUUGCAGGACUUGCGUGGCGUUUGGAGUGAACUUUCUAAGGUUUGGACACAGAUUGAUGAGACUAGAGAGAAACCUUGGUUGUCUGUACAACCACGCAAAUUGCGUCAACAACUCGAGGCAAUGAUGACACAGCUGAAGGAGUUGCCAGCACGUUUGCGCAUGUACGAGUCGUAUGAGUAUGUGAAGAAACUCAUACAGAGCUAUAUCAAGGUGAACAUGUUGAUCGUCGAACUGAAGUCGGAUGCACUCAAAGAACGUCACUGGAAACAACUCACCAAGCAGUUACGUGUUAAUUGGGUGAUUUCCGAUUUGACACUCGGUCAAGUUUGGGAUGUAAAUUUGCAAAAGAAUGAAAAUGUCGUAAAGGACAUCAUACUAGUGGCUCAAGGUGAGAUGGCGUUGGAGGAGUUCUUGAAACAAGUGCGCGAAUCCUGGCAGAGCUAUGAACUUGACUUGAUCAACUAUCAAAACAAAUGCCGUAUCAUACGUGGUUGGGAUGAUCUCUUCAAUAAAGUUAAGGAGCACAUCAAUUCGGUGGCAGCCAUGAAACUCUCACCAUACUAUAAAGUUUUCGAAGAGGAGGCUCUCACCUGGGAAGAGAAAUUGAAUCGUAUUAAUGCACUAUUCGAUGUGUGGAUUGAUGUACAACGUCGCUGGGUUUACUUGGAGGGCAUAUUUUCGGGUAGCGCUGAUAUUAAAACACUUUUACCAGUGGAGACUUCACGUUUCCAAAGUAUCAGCUCAGAGUUCUUGGGUCUCAUGAAGAAGGUUACGAAAUCACCCAAAGUUAUGGACGUUUUGAAUAUACCAGCCGUACAACGUUCACUGGAGCGACUUGCUGAUCUUUUGGGUAAAAUCCAAAAAGCUUUGGGCGAAUAUUUGGAGCGUGAGCGCACUUCCUUCCCACGUUUCUAUUUUGUGGGUGAUGAGGAUCUCUUGGAGAUUAUUGGUAAUAGCAAGAAUAUCGCUCGCUUACAAAAACACUUCAAGAAAAUGUUUGCCGGUGUGGCCGCUAUAUUGUUGAAUGAGGAUAACACCGUUAUUUUGGGUAUUUCAUCGCGCGAAGGUGAAGAAGUUAAAUUUAUCAAUCCAGUUUCCACCGUUGAACAUCCGAAAAUCAACGAAUGGCUCUCGCUUGUUGAGAAACAAAUGCGUUUCACUUUGGCCUCGCUCUUGGCUCAAGCUGUGCAAGACAUUAAACAAUUCCGUGAAGGUCAAAUUGAUCAACAGAAGUAUAUGGAAUGGUGCGAUAAGUAUCAAGCUCAAAUUGUUGUACUCGCUGCACAAAUUCUAUGGUCCGAGGAUGUGGAGGCAGCCUUACAACAAGCCUCCGAAACCAAUAAUUCCAAGCCGAUGCAACGCGUUUUGGCUACCGUAGAAUCUACAUUGAAUGUACUCGCUGACUCUGUAUUGCAAGAGCAGCCGCCAUUGCGCAGACGUAAAUUGGAACAUUUGAUCAAUGAAUUCGUGCACAAACGUACCGUUACACGUCGUUUGAUUGCCAAUGGCGUUACCAGCCCCAAAUCCUUCCAAUGGCUUUGCGAGAUGCGUUUCUACUUCGAUCCACGCCAGACGGAGGUUCUUCAACAACUCACCAUACACAUGGCCAACGCCCGUUUCUACUACGGUUUCGAAUAUCUUGGGGUACAAGAUCGCCUCGUACAGACACCACUCACUGAUCGUUGUUAUUUGACCAUGACACAAGCUUUGGAAUCACGUCUCGGUGGCUCGCCCUUCGGUCCGGCUGGUACUGGUAAAACUGAGUCCGUUAAAGCGCUCGGUAAUCAACUUGGACGUUUCGUCUUGGUCUUCAAUUGUGACGAAACCUUCGAUUUCCAAGCUAUGGGUCGUAUUUUUGUUGGUCUCUGUCAAGUUGGCGCUUGGGGUUGCUUCGAUGAGUUCAAUCGUUUGGAGGAACGUAUGCUUUCAGCUUGUUCACAACAAAUUCAAACUAUACAAGAAGCGCUCAAGUAUGAGAUGGAUAGCAAUAAGGAGAGUAUUACCGUUGAAUUGGUUGGCAAGCAAGUGCGUGUAUCGCCCGAUAUGGCCAUCUUCAUUACCAUGAAUCCAGGUUACGCUGGCCGUUCCAACUUGCCCGAUAACUUGAAGAAACUCUUCCGUUCGUUGGCUAUGACCACACCCGAUCGUCAACUCAUUGCCGAGGUGAUGUUGUUCUCACAAGGUUUCCGCUCUGCUGAGAAGUUGGCCUGCAAGAUUGUGCCGUUCUUCAAACUUUGCGAUGAACAGUUGUCCAAUCAAAGCCAUUACGAUUUCGGUUUGCGUGCACUCAAGUCGGUGCUGAUAUCCGCUGGUAAUGUGAAACGUGAUCGCAUUAUGAAGAUUAAGGAAACAAUGCGUCAACGUGGCGAGGAGAAUAUUGAUGAGGCCUCGGUGGCUGAAAACUUGCCUGAACAGGAGAUUCUUAUACAAUCGGUAUGUGAGACAAUGGUGCCCAAACUCGUUGCUGAGGAUAUACCGCUGCUCUUCUCACUAUUGAGCGAUGUAUUCCCGAACGUGGGCUACACACGUGCCGAGAUGAAGGGUUUGAAGGAGGAAAUACGUAAAGUAUGCCAAGAAGACUAUUUGGUGUGCGGUGAAGGUGAUGAGCAAGGCGCUGCCUGGAUGGAGAAGAAUGCGCAAGGAUUCGGUGAAACGUGGGUGGAAAAAGUGCUACAACUAUACCAAAUCUCCAAUCUCAAUCACGGUCUCAUGAUGGUCGGUCCGUCGGGUUCCGGUAAAUCCACGGCCUGGCGCACGUUGCUCAAAGCUUUGGAGCGUUUCGAGGGCACGGAGGGCGUUGCACAUGUCAUCGAUCCUAAAGCUAUUUCCAAGGAGGCACUUUAUGGUGUUAUGGAUCAGAAUACACGCGAAUGGACCGAUGGUCUGUUCACACACGUCUUGCGUAAGAUCAUCGACAAUGUGCGUGGUGAAAUUAAUAAGCGUCAAUGGAUCAUUUUCGAUGGCGAUGUCGAUCCUGAAUGGGUAGAGAAUUUGAAUUCCGUUUUGGAUGACAACAAAUUGCUCACCUUGCCAAAUGGUGAGCGUCUUUCGUUGCCACCGAAUGUGCGUAUUAUGUUUGAAGUACAGGAUUUGAAGUUUGCCACACUCGCUACUGUGUCGCGUUGUGGUAUGGUUUGGUUCUCUGAGGAUGUAUUGUCUACUGAGAUGAUAUUUGAGAAUUAUCUAUCGCGUUUGCGCAGUAUACCAUUGGAAGAUGGUGAUGAAGAUUUCGUUGGUGUUGCUAAACCGGCUUCGAACAAAGAUAAGGAGGAAGAGGUGUCGCCAUCACUGCAAGUACAACGCGAUAUUGCAUUGUUGUUGCAACCAUACUUCUCAGCAGAUGGUAUUGUAGUGCGCAGUUUGGAGUAUGCCAUGGAUCAGGAGCAUAUUAUGGACUUUACGCGUUUGCGUGCGCUUAGCUCGCUCUUCUCGAUGCUUAAUCAAGCUGCUAGAAAUAUACUCAACUUCAAUGCGCAACAUCCCGAUUUCCCUUGCUCCGCCGAUCAACUGGAACAGUAUAUACCCAAAGCACUUAUUUAUUCAGUGCUUUGGUCCUUUGCAGGCGAUGCUAAGCUCAAAGUACGCACUGAUUUGGGUGAUUUUGUGCGCAGUGUAACUACCAUACCGUUACCGGGCGCUGCUGGUGCUCCUAUAAUUGAUUACGAGGUCAGCAUGAAUGGCGAAUGGGUGCCAUGGUCGAAUAAGGUGCCCGUUAUUGAAGUUGAAACUCACAAAGUCGCAUCACCGGACAUUGUUGUGCCCACUUUGGACACUGUGCGUCACGAAUCGUUAUUGUACACUUGGCUGGCCGAACAUAAACCACUCGUCUUAUGUGGUCCACCUGGUUCUGGUAAGACCAUGACAUUGUUCUCAGCAUUGCGUGCUCUGCCCGACAUGGAGGUAGUAGGCUUGAAUUUUUCAUCCGCCACCACACCAGAGCUAUUGCUUAAGACUUUCGAUCAUUAUUGCGAAUAUCGCAAGACGCCAAACGGUGUUGUGCUGUCCCCAGUGCAGAUUGGCAAGUGGCUCGUACUCUUCUGCGAUGAAAUCAAUUUGCCAGAUAUGGACACUUACGGCACACAACGUGUUAUUUCGUUCUUGCGUCAAUUGGUCGAACAUAAAGGCUUCUAUCGCGCCAGCGAUCAAGCUUGGGUUUCUCUCGAACGCAUACAAUUCGUGGGCGCUUGUAAUCCCCCCACAGAUCCGGGCCGUAAACCCCUAUCACAUCGUUUCUUACGUCACGUGCCAAUAAUUUAUGUCGAUUAUCCUGGUGAGACUUCACUCAAGCAAAUCUAUGGCACCUUCUCACGCGCUAUGUUACGUAUGAUGCCAUCACUGCGUGGCUACGCUGAACCAUUGACUAACGCAAUGGUAGAAUUCUAUUUGGCAUCACAAGACCGCUUCACCCAGGACAUGCAACCACACUACGUGUACUCACCCCGUGAGAUGACGCGCUGGGUGCGCGGUAUUUGCGAAGCUAUACGUCCGCUUGAUUCGUUACCAGUGGAGGGUUUGGUGCGUUUGUGGGCGCAUGAAGCUUUGCGCUUGUUCCAAGACAGACUGGUUGAUGAAUCAGAACGUCGCUGGACCAAUGAGAAUAUCGAUAUUGUAGCACUUAAACACUUCCCUGGUAUCAAUCAAGAGGAGGCAUUGACACGUCCCAUACUCUACAGUAAUUGGUUAUCGAAGGAUUAUGUGCCGGUGAAUCGCGAAGAAUUGCGCGACUAUGUGCGUGCACGUCUAAAGGUCUUCUACGAGGAGGAGCUCGAUGUGCCGCUUGUACUGUUCGAUGAAGUUUUGGAACAUGUUCUGCGCAUCGAUCGUAUCUUCCGUCAGCCUCAGGGUCAUUUGCUCUUGAUUGGUGUUUCCGGCGCAGGCAAAACUACGCUUUCACGUUUUGUUGCUUGGAUGAAUGGCUUGUCCAUCUUCCAAAUUAAGGUGCAUAACAAAUAUACCAGCGAAGAUUUUGAUGAGGAUCUGCGUUGUGUGCUCAGACGUUCGGGUUGCAAAGAUGAGAAGAUUGCAUUCAUUUUGGACGAAUCGAACGUAUUGGACUCCGGUUUCUUGGAACGUAUGAAUACGCUGUUGGCUAACGGUGAAGUGCCCGGUUUAUUUGAGGGCGAUGAAUACACUACUUUGAUGACACAAUGUAAGGAGGGUGCACAGCGCGAGGGCUUGAUGUUGGACUCCGGCGAUGAGCUGUACAAAUGGUUUACUCAACAAGUUAUGCGCAACUUGCAUGUCGUGUUCACCAUGAAUCCCUCUACUGACGGUCUCAAAGAUCGCGCUGCAACCUCGCCGGCGCUUUUCAAUCGUUGCGUACUCAACUGGUUCGGCGAUUGGUCCGAUUCUGCACUCUUCCAGGUGGGCAAAGAAUUCACCACACGCGUUGAUUUGGAAAAACAAAGCUGGGUAGCGCCCGAUUUCUUCCCGUCUGUGUGCCCCUUAGUGCCAGCGCAACCAACACAUCGCGAUGCAGUCAUCAACAGCUGUGUCUAUGUGCAUCAGACACUCCACCAAGCCAAUUCACGUCUCGCAAAACGUGGUGGCCGCACAAUGGCCGUUACACCACGUCACUAUUUGGACUUUAUUCAUCACUUCGUCAAAUUGUACAAUGAGAAACGUAGCGAUUUGGAAGAACAACAAUUGCAUUUGAAUGUUGGUCUUAAUAAAAUUGCCGAAACUGUGGAGCAAGUAGAGGAGAUGCAAAAAUCCCUGGCUGUUAAGAAGCAGGAAUUACAGGCGAAGAAUGAGGCAGCAAAUGCCAAGUUGAAACAGAUGUUUAAGGAUCAACAGGAGGCUGAGAAGAAGAAGAUACAAUCGCAAGAGAUACAAAUACGUUUAGCCGAUCAGACGGUGAAAAUUGAAGAAAAACGUAAAUAUGUCAUGGCCGAUUUGGCACAAGUGGAACCGGCUGUAAUCGACGCGCAACAAGCCGUUAAAUCGAUACGUAAGCAACAACUCGUUGAAGUCCGUACCAUGGCCAAUCCACCAUCGGUGGUGAAAUUGGCUCUAGAGUCAAUCUGUCUGCUACUGGGUGAGAAUGCGACCGACUGGAAAUCAAUUCGUGCCGUUAUAAUGAGAGAAAACUUUAUAAAUUCAAUUGUAUCUAACUUCAAUACUGAAAAUAUAACCGAUGAGGUGCGCGAAAAGAUGAAGAACAAGUAUCUCAGCAAUCCGGAUUAUAAUUUUGAGAAGGUUAAUCGCGCCAGUAUGGCUUGUGGUCCUAUGGUUAAAUGGGCUAUUGCACAGAUUGAAUACGCUGACAUGUUGAAACGCGUCGAACCGCUGCGUGAAGAAUUGCGUUCACUCGAAGAGCAAGCCGAUGUGAAUCUACAGAGCGCUAACGAGACCAAGGAACUGGUUGAGCAGCUCGAACGUAGUAUUGCUGCCUACAAAGAGGAGUAUGCACAGCUCAUUUCACAAGCUCAGGCAAUCAAAACAGAUUUGGAGAAUGUUCAGGCUAAGGUUGAUCGCUCAAUUGCGCUGCUGAAGAGUUUGAAUAUCGAACGAGAGCGUUGGGAGUGCACCAGUGAGACGUUCAAGUCACAAAUGUCCACCAUUAUUGGUGAUGUCCUGCUAUCGGCUGCAUUUAUUGCCUAUGGUGGCUACUUUGAUCAGCAUUAUCGUUUGAAUCUCUUCACCACCUGGAGUCAGCAUUUGCAAUCGGCCAAUAUACAAUAUCGCUCUGAUAUGGCACGCACCGAAUAUCUUUCUAAUCCCGAUGAACGCCUUCGUUGGCAGGCGAACGCCCUACCAACCGAUGAUCUCUGCACUGAGAAUGCUAUUAUGCUCAAGCGUUUCAAUCGUUAUCCACUUAUUAUCGAUCCUUCGGGUCAGGCAACUACUUUCUUGCUUAACGAAUAUGCUGGCAAGAAGAUUACAAAGACUUCAUUCUUGGACGAUUCAUUCCGUAAGAAUUUGGAAUCAGCACUUCGUUUCGGUAAUCCACUGCUCGUACAAGAUGUUGAAAAUUACGAUCCGAUUUUGAAUCCUGUACUCAAUCGUGAGCUCCGUCGCACUGGCGGUCGUGUGUUGAUCACACUCGGCGAUCAGGAUAUCGAUUUGUCGCCCUCAUUCGUUAUUUUCUUGUCUACACGUGAUCCAACCGUGGAGUUCCCUCCAGAUAUUUGCUCACGUGUCACUUUUGUCAACUUCACUGUUACACGCAGUUCCCUGCAGUCGCAAUGUUUGAAUCAAGUAUUGAAGGCUGAACGUCCCGAUAUCGAUGAGAAACGUUCGGAUCUAUUGAAGUUGCAAGGCGAAUUCCGUUUGCGUUUGCGCCAACUAGAGAAGAGUCUGCUACAAGCUUUGAAUGAUGCUAAGGGUAAGAUUCUCGAUGAUGACUCUGUAAUUACGACUUUGGAGACUCUGAAGAAGGAGGCGUACGAUAUCAACCAGAAGGUGGAUGAGACCGAUAAGGUUAUCGCUGAGAUUGAGACGGUCUCACAACAAUAUUUGCCACUGUCGGUGGCUUGCAGUAAUAUUUACUUCACCAUGGAUAGCUUGAACCAGGUGCACUUCUUGUACCAGUACUCGUUGAAGAUGUUCUUGGACAUAUUCUCUACUGUGCUUUACAACAAUACAAAACUGGAUGGCAAGACCGAGUAUUCGGAGCGUUUGAGUAUCGUUACGAAGGAUUUGUUCCAGGUCUGUUAUGAGCGUGUAGCGCGCGGCAUGUUGCACAACGAUCGCCUCACAUUUGCUUUGCUCAUGUGCAAGAUACAUCUUAAGGGCACUUCUGAACAAAAUUUGGAUUCCGAAUUCAACUUCUUCUUGCGUAGUCGCGAGGGUCUACUCGCCAACGCAAUACCAGUCGAUGGUCUAACUGCUGAACAAAUCGAGAGCGUCAACCGUUUGCAAACACGUCUGCCCAUCUUCCGCAAGUUGAUUGAGAAACUCAAGUCAAUGCCGGAAAUCGGCGCUUGGCUGCAACAGAGCUCACCGGAACAAUGUGUGCCCCAAUUAUGGGAUGAAUCCAAGGCGCUCACACCAAUUGUCAGCUCUAUACAUCAGUUGCUAUUGAUACAAGCCUUCCGACCAGAUCGUGUUAUCGCCGCCGCACACAAAGUGGUCGAUGCUGUAUUGGGUCUAGAUUUUAUGCCGAAUGCCGAAAAGGAAUUGGAUUUGGCCGCUGUGGUAGAGAAGCAGUUGAACUGCAACACGCCCGCAUUGCUGUGCUCAGUGCCCGGUUUUGAUGCUUCCGGUCGCGUGGACGAUUUGGCUGCCGAAUUGAAUAAACAAAUUUCGAGCAUUGCCAUCGGUUCGGCGGAGGGUUUCAAUCAGGCUGAGCGCGCCAUCAACAUGGCCUGCAAGAGCGGUCGCUGGGUGCUGCUGAAGAACGUACACUUGGCGCCACAAUGGCUGGUGCAAUUGGAGAAGAAAUUACAUUCGCUGCAGCCACAUUCGGGCUUCAGAUUAUUCCUCACCAUGGAGAUCAAUCCCAAGGUGCCAGUCAACUUGUUGCGCGCUGGCCGCAUUUUCGUUUUCGAACCGCCGCCAGGCAUACGCGCCAACUUGUUGCGAACAUUCUCGACGGUGCCGGUGGCGCGCAUGAUGAAAACACCCAGCGAACGUGCACGUCUCUAUUUCUUGUUGGCAUGGUUCCAUGCCAUCGUACAGGAACGUCUGCGCUACGUGCCACUUGGCUGGGCUAAGAAGUACGAGUUCAAUGAGUCGGAUUUGCGCGUCGCGUGCGACACGCUGGACACCUGGAUCGACACGACUGCAAUGGGUCGCACCAAUUUGCCGCCGGAGAAGGUGCCAUGGGACGCGUUGGUGACACUGUUGUCGCAAUCCAUCUACGGCGGUAAAAUUGACAAUGACUUUGAUCAGCGUUUGCUGACGUCAUUCUUGAAGAAAUUAUUUACGGCGCGCAGUUUCGAAAGCGAUUUCGCGCUUGUGGCCAAUGUUGAUGGCGGCGCCGGCGGUCAGCGACAUAUCACCAUGCCCGAUGGUACGCGGCGCGAUCACUUCCUGAAGUGGAUUGAGAAUUUGUCGGACCGCCAGACGCCUUCAUGGCUGGGAUUGCCCAACAAUGCGGAGAAGGUGUUGCUAACGACACGUGGCACAGAUUUGGUGAGCAAGUUGUUGAAAAUGCAACAGCUGGAGGAUGACGAUGAGUUAGCCUACAGUGUAGAGGAGCAUGCCGAAGCGGCUAAUGCAAGUGCAUCGCGCCAAGAAGAUGGUCGCCCAUCGUGGAUGAAGACCUUGCAUAACUCGGCCACAGCUUGGCUCGAGCUAUUGCCCAAAAAUUUGCCUGUGCUCAAGCGUACUGUGGAGAAUAUCAAGGAUCCAUUAUAUAGGUACUUUGAACGUGAAGUUACUUCCGGCGCUAAAUUGUUGACAACGGUCAUUUCGGAUUUGCAAGAUGUCGUCUUGAUUUGUCAAGGUGAAAAGAAGCAGACCAAUCACCAUCGUUCCAUGUUGUCCGAGUUGGUGCGUGGCAUCAUACCGAAAGGUUGGAAACGUUACACAGUGCCAGUCGGCUGUACUGUCAUCCAAUGGAUUACCGAUUUCAGCAAUCGUGUACAGCAAUUGCAGAAGGUGUCGAAGUUGGUCUCGCAAGCAGGCGCUAAGGAGUUGCAGACUUUCCCUGUUUGGCUGGGCGGUUUAUUGAACCCUGAAGCUUACAUCACGGCUACACGCCAAUGUGUUGCACAGGCCAACAGCUGGUCUUUGGAAGAGUUGGCAUUGGAAGUAACCAUCACCGAGUCGGGCGUCAAUCCCGAUCAAAAGGAUAGCAGCUUCGGUGUGACGGGCUUGAAAUUGCAAGGCGCACAAUGCAAGAACAAUGAGCUGCUCUUGGCUUCCACAAUUAUGAUGGACUUGCCACUAACCAUUCUCAAAUGGGUGAAAGCUUCAGCUGAGUCGCGCGUUAGCAAACUCACUUUGCCGGUUUACUUGAACUCCACACGCACUGAGCUGUUGUUCACCGUUGAUUUGGCGGUAGCCGCUGGUCAGGAUCCACAUAGCUUCUAUGAGCGUGGUGUGGCUGUGCUCACUUCGACUGCUUUGAAUUAAAUUCAGCAAAGAUAGAGAGCACUUUAAAAAUAAUCAUUUUCAAGAAUUUACGGUAGCGCAUAAUUGAGCGCAAAUAUUUUACAAUAAAAAAAUCAUAUAAAAAAUACAUAUAAAUAACCAAUUGAAAUGAAUUAUCAUGCUAUAUACAUAUAUACACACACUUUUAAAGUGUUUAUUUAGCUUCAAUAUAACAGUGUUAAUCAACUGCAUUCAAUAUUUAAAGUAUUCAAUACUCCUUAUAUUUAACAUUACAAAUAUUUAAAUACUCAAAAGCAUUCAAUAAAAGUUGUUUAAA